AAUGACAUUGAUACAAUAAAUAUCAAUAUAGGUGACUUUUUUGUCAGGUGAAAAGACGAGUGAUUCAUGGAAACCCCUCCUCUUUUACCGCGCAAGGGGUUGGGACCUACUGUAUAUUACCCCAAAAGGCAUGCAAGGAUGUGUUCUUCAAAAAUUCACCAGAAAUUGUCAGACUAUAAGCAUAAGCAAUUUUAUUUUGAGCUUACUAUAACAUAGCUUCUGAAGGUUGUGGCCAGCAAAGGUUUGUCUUUCCUGAACAAAUCCUGAUGCAUACUUUUCUUUGACUGCAGCGAGGCUUGAGCACUGGUCCCCUGCAUGAGAGUCUGCAUCUCAAAUCACUACGCUAUUUAACAAGGGGUGUGCAGGCUGUUGGUUGCUCGCUCACUCACGCACUCACUUAGUAAGAGACAUUUGCUCAUCUUGGCUGACUGUUUACGCAGUCCGGCAAAAACUUUCAGCCCCAUGCACUACUGCGGCGUAGAUUUGAAGAAAAAAAACGUUUGGGUCUUACAGUAGUAUAGUAGCGAAGGUCAUCGAAUCAGAGUUGGACAUUUCACACAGGUUUUCACUGUAUUGUAUAUUUAUGAUGUUGUUAGAAAGCUCAACUCUGCUAUAACAGAAUUGUUUAUUCCUGUGCCUCUAAAAUUCUGGAAGGAAUGUCAGGAUUUGGAAAUGGCUUUUGAUGGCAAUCAGAAACAACUCUUCCAUCUAAAGUGUUUGCUAAAUGACAGUCUUUAUACUUUUCUUCCCUGACUUUAAAGUAGAUAAGUGGGGUAAUCUGUCACGAGUUGCCAAGGGAUGGAGAGGAAAGGAACCAGGCACAGGCAGAGUGGCAGAGUGGCAGUCGAUGUAGUAUUUUUAAUAAAAAUGAACACUGAGCACUGAGCAGUGAAACAGUGAACGAAACCAAAAGUAUAAAUCAAAACGGACCACAUACCAAAACCAACGUAGACAUGCAACAAUGACAGACAAGUGAGGGGAGCAGAGGAGAAACAUUUAAACACAUACUAAUGACUUGAUUGGGACCUGGUGUGAGUGACAAUUGGAGACAAGACAGAUGAAGGAAUCCGGGGUGAGUUCAUGUGCGACGGGAAUCCGGGAAGAGCGGGAGAUGACGGAGCUGUCCGUCACCUCACCGUUACAUAAUCUGCAGGUUUCCUUACAUUAGUACUCUGACAUCUCUUGAUGAAAAGCAACUUUUUUAAACAGCACAUUAAAAUAUUGGCACAAACUAUUUUCAUUUGGGUUUUUCUUUUAGAAACAAAUCUUGUUAUUCCAUGUCAGAUAGGAAGGAUUUUGUUCAAGGUACAUGUUUAUGUUAGAUUAUAGUGACAGUAUUCGAGUGAAAGGCUCCACCAGUUUCCUUUUUUUGCUGGACACAGUGUAUACCAAAACACUGAAUCACAAACACAAGACCACACACCCAUCCCUGUCAACUUUACAGCUUGGUGAAGUGGUGCUUCCUUUCUAAAAGAAUUAUACACACUGCUUAGAAUACACCAUACAUAUCUUAAGAUUACAAUCCUGCCGCCUCUGUCAGUCAGUGCUCUCCUUUAUAACUCCAAGAGCUGAAAUAGGGGAAAAACAUUUGUUCUUGUUCCUAGAACAAACUAGACUAUAACCUUAAACUGGAAGAGAUUGUAUAAUUCAUGUAAAUGAAUCCAUCUUGUAAUUCUACCAACAUUUCAGUUUCUUAGUUUCUAGUUCAUAGCUCCAGUGGUCAUAAUUCUUGCUGGUUUCAGCAACCUCCAUGAGUGCAGACACAGUCAGAAAGUAUGGCCGUUCUGUCCUGUCAGGGGUUACAGCUGGACUUAAACGGCUGUCCAAUGAUGCCCAAAAGCUAGUUUGUGGUUAUUGUUCAACUGUUGUAUGCCUCAAUCAAGAUUCAUCUAAUCAAACCUCGACAACACAUUUGUUUUCUCUUUUAAGAAAUACAAUAAUUGCGGUAGUUGUAGGCACAGAAGCGAUGUGAGUGGUUUAACCCCCAUGCUGUGUGAUGGCCGUUGCAUCAUCUCUCCCCACUAACAACGUAUCUCUCUGUUGCUGCUUUGUUGACAGGAUGAAGGUUAUUAGCUGUGAGAUGGCAUGUCCUGUACACUGGGGCCUCCUGUUGCUCUGCCUUGUGAUCCUCGACUGCCAACCAGUGUCCACCGGUAACCGUGGCACCCGCGGCCAGUCGGGCUCAUCACAGGUAAAGACUGGUACUUGUGAAGUGGUGGCUGCCCAUCGCUGCUGCAAUAAGAACAAGAUCGAGGAGCGCUCUCAAACGGUCAAGUGUUCCUGCUUCCCUGGUCAGGUCGCUGGUACAACAAAGGCAAUGCCCUCUUGCGUUGAAGCAUCCAUCGUGCGUGAGAAGUGGUGGUGCCAGAUGCUGCCCUGUCUGGAGGGAGAGGACUGUAAAGUACUGCCUGAUCUCACUGGAUGGUCCUGCACAUCCGGAAACAAAAUCAAGACCACCAAGGUGGCGCGGUAGAAGAGACCAUCUCAGUAUAUCGACUGAGAACAGAAAUCUGGCCUGGCCAUCUCACUAUUUUCUUUUUGCUUUGAAAGAGUGAAGAUUGUUGGUCCCCAGGAUGAAAUGAGGAAUAGAUAGCAAAAUCAGUAGCCCUCUCACAUGAAUAGUGGUGUGAAUGAAAAGGAGAACCUGAGGAAACUAUACAAUAUGUAUCUUUAUACUUCUCUGCCCGUGUCCUCUAAGACACAGAAAUGGGUUUAACCAUGAGAACCAACUCCUGCCUGACACUGAGGGGCAGAUUGAAAAAUCGCUCAGCAUGUCAUUCAAUAGGAUUCCAUAUUGGGUUCUGUCAGUGGGACAUUGUCUUUCAGUGACAAACAAGUGCUGAGCUGGUGAUUACUAUAUGCAUUCAGUCUUAGUGAUGCAAAAUGUGCAUAGACAGUGUUUUCAUGUGAUCUGUACAUUUUGAGGAAAAAAAUGGUCUGAAUAUGUCAGACACACCCACACACGCGCACGCACACGCCCACACGCAUGCACACAAACACGCAUGCACACAAACACGAACAGAGCUUUUCAUCCCCACUGGGUAGAGCAGUCACCAUCUGCAAUGGUGGUUGUGAUGGCAUGCAAAUAAAGAUGGAACUUACAUGCAAAACAAUGGCUGUUUGAAAUGCUAAUCUCAAGAAAAAGAGGAGGAGAGGAAAAGAUCUUCUUACAAGAUUAUUUACAUCACACUUUUUGUUUAUUUCUCUUCCUCCUGUCUCCUGUAGAGAAGACCUCUGUAAUAGUAAUGAUGGGAAAUGGUGCACAAUCGCUUGUGCCAAAAUUGUUGCUACAAACAAAAAAGAACGUUUACUGUCAUUUACUCUCCUAAUUUCCUGUCCUCAACACUUUUUGUUAGUCUCUGAGUACACUGAUAAUAAUUGUCUUUCUUUUGUUUAUUUUUUAGUUUCAGGAAGAUGGAAAUGCAUUACAUUUUGUCAUGAAAGUGUGUGUUGAAGAAAACAACAUCACAUCAUGACACCUCAUCAGAACUUGACAGACACCCAUUCAUGAGUAUAAUUCUGGUUGUUAACCAUAACAUUAAAGAGUUGUUUACUCACCAUCGCCAAAAUGAUUAUCCUGUGGAAUUAUUUGGUAGUUCCACCUCCUGAGUUGUCACAAUGGUUCAGAUAUAAUAUUAUGUUUAUGAAAGAGUAAUUAAUGUAGUGUACGUGAUGCCUUGCCUAACCCACAACUUUGACACUUUAACAGUUCCUUCACAAUUAUGUUCCUAAAUUAUUCAUCAUGACUUUCUCUUAAUUAUCUAGAGAUGAUACAGCUAAUUAAUAGUGUGACUAUGAUAAAUAUGACAAUUAUUUCACUUGUAUGUGUGUUUGAGUACAUACACGUGUGUUUACGUAUUUUGCCAGGAGCGGCAAGAAUUAAAAAUCACCUUGGUUUUUACAAUAGCCUCAACAUUCAACAGCACUCCGGGCAAAAGUGCAAUUUGGCCAAAAUUGUGUUCCCUUUUUCUUGUGUUGUGCGUGAUAUCUACAACCCUGUUUACAAAAUAGUUUGGGAUGCUGUGUUAAAU